CCGAUUUGACAAACUCCCGGAUAAAAAAAAAGAGUCGGCGGUCCGCAUGGAAACGCAGCUCCGAGGAUUUAAGGGGCAGUAAAUACAAUCUGAUUUACAAACUCACCGAACAAUUGGAAGCGCUGUAUUGGUUUUCAUUAUGAACGCCAGGAGGAAAGGACAAACAACAAUUUAGAGAGAGAGAGAGACAAGGAUUUAAGUGGAACGACUCCGGGUGCCGCUCCAGCUGCUGCGGACUUGCAGAGAAAAGGAAGUCGCACUGUUUGAUUGGGAAUCAUUGGGAAUCGCGCCCUCUCUUCCCCCGCACACGCGCUCUCACACAGAUAAUAACGAUUUUUGAAUAUCUGUAAUGCGUUGUGAACAAUUAAAAUUAUCCUCCACUGGACUUGUAUUUUCCUGGCAUGUUUGCUGAUUUUACAGAGGGGAAUACCUACACCUUCCUGACUCUUGAUGUUGUUGCUUUUAUAUGUAUUUAUAAUGCGCUUUUCUGGAGACAGCAGAACCUGCUGCAGAGUAGCAGCCACUGAGGAGCUUCACGGGAGAAGAAGCGACAUUUAAGGAAGCAGAGCGAAUUUCAAAAGCACAGGACAACUGGAAGCCAUACAAAGACUCUCUGAGUAUAUGCGCGUGUUGGUUGCAUCCCUGUGGAGGAUACCUCCCUAAGGCUGCUUCUGCAGUGAAUCGACAACAUGGAGACAUGCAGAGGAGCUGAAGCACUGGGAAGUGCAGUACUGGGAUCACUGGGGGCUGCUGGGAGCCAUGACAACCCUGACAGGGGCAUGAGACCAUUCCAUCAUCCAGAAGAAGAUGACUUUGUACCAGAACUGUCCAGGAGUAUUCACCCUCGAGAGCGGCCUGACUGGGAAGAAACUCUGAGCGCAAUGGCAAGGAGUGCUGAGAUUCCAGAAUUACCAGGGGAACCUCCCCUGAGAUCCUGUGCUAGUACUGCCAGCAUGAAGGUGAAAAACAUCAAGAAGCUGUCAUUCACCAAAGGCCACUUUCCUAAACUGGCAGAAUGUGCGCACUUUCACUAUGAAAAUGUUGAUUUUGGAGCCAUCCAAUUGACUCUGGCAGACGAGCAAAGCGAAUUAACCAGGAAUGGCUGUGAAUCCAGAGAACUGGUGUAUCUGGUCCAGAUUUCCUGUCAGGGUAGGAGCUGGAUUGUGAAGCGCAGCUAUGAGGAUUUUCGGGUUCUCGACAAACAUCUCCACCUGUGUAUCUAUGACCGCCGCUUUUCCCAGCUCACAGAGCUGCCUCGAUUGGACUGCCUGAGGGAUCGUGCAGAGGCAGUUUCCCAAAUGCUGAUGGCUUACCUGUCCCGCCUUUCAGCGAUAGCUGACAACAAGAUAAAUUGUGGCCCAGCGCUCACAUGGAUGGAGAUUGACAACAAGGGAAACCACUUGCUGGUACAUGAGGAAUCUUCCAUUAAUGUUCCUGCCAUUGCUGCUGCCCACGUCAUCAAACGUUACAUUGCACAAGCUGGUGAUGAGCUCUCCUUUGAGGUGGGAGAUAUUGUGUCUGUGAUUGACAUGCCGCCCAAGGAGGAUACCACAUGGUGGAGAGGAAAACAUGGCUUUCAGGUGGGCUUCUUCCCAAGUGAGUGCGUUGAACUGAUUAAUGACAAAGUACCCCAGUCUGUGACCAACUCGAUGCCAAAACCAGUGUCUAAAAAGCACGGGAAGCUCAUCACUUUCCUGCGCACAUUCAUGAAGUCUCGUCCCACGAAGCAGAAACUGAAGCAACGCGGGAUUCUGAGGGAGCGGGUGUUCGGCUGCGACCUGGGCGAGCACCUUCUCAACUCUGGACAUGACAUUCCACAGGUUCUCAAGAGUUGCACUGAAUUUAUCGAGAAAUAUGGAGUGGUGGAUGGCAUCUACAGACUCUCUGGGAUUGCUUCCAACAUCCAGAAAUUACGGCAUGAGUUUGACUCUGAACAAAUCCCAGACCUGACAAAAGAUUUGUACCUCCAAGACAUCCAUUGUGUUGGCUCGCUCUGCAAACUCUAUUUCCGGGAGCUGCCCAAUCCUUUACUAACCUACCAGCUGUAUGAGAAGUUCUCUGAUGCAGUAUCUGCGGCAACAGAUGAAGAACGUUUAGUUAAAAUUCAUGACGUCAUUCAACAGCUGCCUCCGCCUCAUUACAGGACACUGGAAUUUCUCAUGAGACACUUGGCUCACCUUGCUGCCUUUAGUUAUGUCACAAAUAUGCACACCAAGAACCUGGCCAUCGUUUGGGCACCCAAUUUGCUCAGAUCCAAGCAAAUAGAGUCCGCAUGCUUCAGUGGCACGGCAGCUUUUAUGGAGGUACGAAUACAGUCGGUGGUGGUGGAGUUCAUUUUGAACCACGUCGAUGUACUCUUCAGCCCAAAAUUGAGUUCUCUUAUUCGGGAAGGAGCAGGACAUGGCUCUCUUUCAAGGCCAAAGUCUCUCCUGGUGUCUUCUCCUUCCACCAAGCUGCUAACACUGGAGGAAGCCCAAGCUCGGACACAAGCUCAAAUCAACUCUCCUAUCACAGCAGACAGCAAGUAUAUUGAGGUUGGAGAGGGACCUGCUGCUCUGCAGGGCAAGUUUCACACAGUUAUCGAGUUUCCCACCGAGAGGAAGAGACCACCUGGCAAAGUAAAAAAGUCCCCCGUGGGCAGCUGGCGGUCUUUCUUUAAUCUGGGAAAGUCUUCUUCCAUGGCUAAGCGGAAGUUGCAUCGCAAUCCCAGUGAGCCAAAUGAGAUGAAAGCCAUGGCACUUGCAGGUGGGAGAGGAGAAACGGGCACCCUUCGUUCUGCCAAAAGCGAGGAGUCACUAACCUCUCUGCACAAUGUGGAUGGUGAAUCAAAGGUGUAUCGUCCACGCAGGCCCCGCUCUAGCAGUGAUGCUCUAUCUGCUUCUUUCAAUGGAGACCUACUAGAUGGCCGACAUCACUGCAAUUCUUAUGAUAAUGUUCCACUUAAUGACGAUGGUGAUGAAGCUGCCAUUAGAGUUCCUGCUCUUAUUUCAUCUCCACGGUCUGCAGAAGAAAUGGACUUGAGCCCACCCGAUAUUGGCAUGGCUUUACUUGAUUUUGACCCUAUGUCCUUCCAGUGUAGUCCUCCUCAGCCAGAACCCGAGCUGCCUUCACCUGUGACAGCAGAACCAGUUGAUACACAGAAAAGCCCUGGCAGUGCUAGUAGCUCUGAACCUGUCUCCCCAUCCCCAGAAAAAUUCACCAGCCCCUUCUUCUCACCUGAUCUGAGCCCAGCCAUUGAGGACAGAGCCAAUGCCAAACACGCCACUUUUGCGGAGAAAGUAGUUCAAGCCCUUUCUCCCAAAAUAGGUCGAAAAUCGGCCAAGUCCCCACCCUUGACUAUCUCUGAUCCUGUGGCCAUUUCUGUUCCAACCCGAGUGUCAGAGAUUAUCGGCGGACUUUCCACUUCUCCACCUGCCCAGAGCAAGCCGAUCUUAGUUAAUAGUGGGGCCAGUGGUCGUUCUCCUCCUCAGAUGAUCUCCAUGCUCCUGAAGACUGCAGAAUUAGAACUGAGCGAGAGCUGCCAACAUGAGAUUUACAGUAAAAUUUCAACCACUCAGGGUUUGGAGAACAUAGGCCCAAGUGGCGAAGGGGCUGACUUCAGUAGUUGUGGUGCAGUCAUGGUGCCCUCAGCAACCCAGAGUGCUCAAGGGGUCACAGCUCUGGAUUCUCCACAAGUUCCAGUCCCUGUCAGUUCUGUGUCCAUAUUGCCUCCCCCGCCUCCACCGAAGAAUGCUGCCCGCAUGCUUGCCCUGGCCCUGGCUGAAUCUGCCCAGCAGGCUGCCAUCCAAUCCCAGAGAAAACUGCCAGAGCUUCCUUCAGCACCGGCCACACCUCCAAGGCACUUUGAACAGCCAGAAGCACACAGCAGACCACAACUACCGAAGGUCCAGGGUCCUCCUCCUGACCCUGGGAGUCGAUUAAUAAUGGCAGGCUCGCCUCCAGGUCUGUUCACUGCCUCUUCUGCUGGUACAGCCACCCUAGCCAGUGUGAGCCAAAGCAUGUCAAUGAGUCACAUUGUCAGUACGAUGCAAGCAGCUACAUUGGUUAGCAGUCAUGCAGUAUAUAGUACUGUUUUAACCCCAGGUCAAAGGGACACAGUGUCUAGUUCCACACCUUCUGGUCAGUAUGCUGUGGCCACAAGUCCUCCACCAAGUACUCAGCAAGUCCCAACGUCCAGUUCCACUGCCCCUUGUCAACAUGUUAUUGCAGCCAGUCCCCCUGGCCAGGGUCAACAUGUCAUGGUCUCAAGCCCACCAGCUCCUCGCCCUGGAGGAACAGCACAUAUGAGUCCUGACAGACAGCAGCCUGCAAUGGGCCAAGUGCCACCUGUCCAUCCACCCAAGGAUCUUCCUUCUGUCAUGCAGCAGGUGUGGCAUGGAGGAGCACCAACACAGCCUUUGGUGAAGCCUGUGGAGCAACCAGGAGUCCCAUCAUCACUCCAUCAAGCCAGCAGCUCUGCCCGACCGGCUGCCCCAAGCCACCCAGCAGAGAAGCCAAGAGAGACCAUUAAGGCUCCUUCCCAUCACCCAAGAGCAGAGUCUGUCCCUGUGUUUCAGCCCUAUGGCCCAACUCCCCCCACACCUCCUAUACGCACCAUGGAAAGCAAACUGGCAGCAGCUGCACUGUCAGGCACUGAAGCAGCCAAUGCCUCCAGUUUCCACUCUCUGCUCGCAGGUGCCUCCUUGCCAACAUCCAUUGAGGAAACAUUACCUCCACCACCUCCUCCUCCAAAAACAUCAGGCCAGCAAGCUUACCUCCAUCACCUGAAAUCAGACACUGUGCCCGAGUCUGGAGGAGAAACUUACUACCAUCCACGUGCCAUGCCUGCGGGACAGACGUCAGUGCCCUUUCACUAUCGGCCGGAGAGCGUGCCACCACACUUGUCUUACACUUCCAAACCAGAGCCCCAGCCCAUUUACAGCGCUCGCUUUGAUAACCGCUACAGCACCCUGGGACCAAAAUCGACGCACCACUCGUCCAAGUCUCGCGGGUUGCUUAGGACUGAGUACUCUUCAAUGGGACCUUCUGGACUUCAUAGUCAAGGCUAUUCUGCAGCAGACACUGCUGCCAUGUAUCCCACUCUCCGUAGGGUUCACUCUCUCCAUGUGCCAUCGACUGCAUUCCGCUCUGUGCCAAUCACUCGAACAGAGGUCCCCCCAGAUGAUGAACUUUUCUAUUACCAGAGACCUCUCUACCAGUAUAAACCAUACCAGCCACCCUCCCAGUCCGAUUACCACGUGACUCAACUGCAGCCCUACUUUGAGAAUGGGCGAGUACACUACCGUUAUAGCCCAUUCUCGGGGACCAAUCCCCUGGAUGCCCCAUACUAUGAUGUGGACCCUUAUGGGACCAUCCGACUCCGGCACGUUCAUUCAUUUUCAGGCCGUGAACAACCACACCUCAGUAGAGCCAUCAGCAAAGGCAGUGCAUAUCAGUACCUCUCGAGACAAGGGUUGCUGCCAGGCAAGGAGCACAGCUUUGUCAGCAGGGACAUGCCACCUUCCCCAGACGUAAAAGGAACAACUGUUUACCUGCCAUGGGAUCCCGAUGAUUCAGAGAAACUCCGAAUGCAAUCGAUUCGUCGUGAAAACCGAACACGUCAGAAGACCAAAGGCCCUGUGAUGUCUCAAUACGACAACGUCGGACCACUGCUGCAAGGGGACCUAAGCAGUGUGGAGGUUGUCCAUCUUCGUAGCAAGUCAGAUCCCGGUAAAACUAUCCUUAUGACUUCGGAGGGGAAAGACCUUCGAUUUGGACCCUCUGUGCCGGCUGUACCCCCAAGGCAUCUUCCAUCUGACAGUGAUGUUUUCACAUACAUCGAUCCAUUGGAGCGACAGUACCAAGGAAAUGGAUUGACUGACAAGACAGGUUUGCCUCUGAAGCCAAGUGGGUCCAGGAACCCAGCCCACCCAAUGCAGGGGCAACCUCUCGCACGGUUUCAUAUGCAACAACAAGACCCCAAGAAUGGACCGGGAGAGUAUGAACAGCCGCAUACCAUAAACAGCCGGCAGAUGGUGAGGAUCAAAACUACUAGUAGCUACCCCGAGGAGGAUCUUCACGUGGCCACUGGCAAGUCAGCACCCCCUCCUAAACCAGAACGCUCCCAUAGCAUUCGGGGAUCUACCCAGCAGCACUACCACCACGCUUCCAACCUCCCACCUCAUCUGUCGGAAACACUAGACAGGGACCCGGGUUCACAAUACCCAUACCCUCACGGCAAGCGGCACAGCACAAUGACAGUCUUAUCUCAGUAUGACAACUUGGAUGACUAUCACCCUGUUGUACCUCAGGCACCAUCAUCGAUGCCCACCCGUGGAGGCAGCGGAGUCUCGAGCUUCACCAACCCCCUGAACAAUCGAAACUAUUCCACCGCCUUAGGGCAGGGGGCCUUCCUACAGAAUGAGCUGUCCAUGCAGAGGCCUGAAGCUGAAAUACACGUGGAAUGAAAGACUUUAUAGAAAUUUUACAAAUUAGAAAAAAGGCAGCCUCUGCAGGACAGUGGACUGGUACCCUUUUUUGUUUUGUAUUUUUUAACAAAAUGUAUAAAAUUGCAGCAAGUUUUUACUGGACUGAAUGUAUACUAGUUAUCUUGUCAUCUUUAUUCCCACAAGGCUGCGGUUUAUUCAAAUGGUGAGUGUUUCUGUUUGAGAAGUAAGGUUAAAAGGAAGAGAAACUACUGGUCUAGGUUGGGUUAGGGCCUUUCUGUUUGGUUCAAAGUGGGAAGGGAGGGCUGUGUUCCUAAAAAACAAAAAAUGCACAUCCUGUCUUGCUGCCAGAAAUGUUGCGUGCGUCUGUGUGUGUGUGAUUGUGAGCCUGUGUGUAUGAUAUCCUUAGCGUCCUAUUGUGUGACAGACACAUUUUAAGUACUAUGUGAAGACGGCAGCAUUCAUCAGCUUAACUGGGGGAUUAAAGAAGUGUCUCCCGAGGAAUCGUCAGUUGAUGUUAGCCAUUUAAGAGCCGCACACAACUGCUCAUCCGUUAAAAGCCGAGAACAUCAUGGAAAGACAGGACUACACCAAAGGUACCCAUUAGCAGCAGAAAAGGCAACGUGGAAACCAAUCAUCGCCAUUGUGGAUUGUAGGCGCCCACAAGUGCUCAGUAUCUUCUGUGUCAUAAUGUUUCAAAUUGUGGAUAAUUAAAAAUGUUUUUCUCAUAAUUAAGACCAUUAAAUAAGGAGAAAUGUGAUUUGGAAUGACUGGCAUCAAUAGACUACUGUGUGUGCGUGUACGUGUGUGUUGUACAAUCUUCCACAUCCAGCUGGGCGGAUUUUUAAUGAGUUAAAUAUUCUUUUAUUUAUUUUUUAUAUUCAGAUGAUUUGAUUAGGCAGUCUGUAUCAGUUGCAAACAUUGUGUAACAUUGGGCACUCUAGUAUGAGUUAGAUCAAAAAUGUUUGACUUAUUUAUUUAACUUAGAAGGUGGCACGAGUUUUGGAUGAUACAUUUCACAUUUGUCAUUUUAUAAUCAUUGACGACACUCACCAAAAUAACAAAACACUGCAAGAUGGACUACAUAGACCACAGCUGCUCUACGUGUGAGUACAUUUUAUUCGCAUAGAAGGGGACUUGUAUUUAAAAACAUGAGAACUGUCCUUUAUAUUGGGUAACAUUUGUUUGUAUUUUAAUGCAAAAUUGCUUUAUCAAAUGUAAAUGACUAGGAUGGAUGCUGUAGGAUUCCUCCUUUUAAGCUUAUUUGUCAUAAAAUGGUAUCGUUCUUGGAAGGUGUGAUAAGCAUAUGCCUGAGAAAAUAAAACAUGGUACAAAGCAACACCCCCCACCCCCAUUUGUCUGAAAUUUCAAACCAAGAAGUAUGCAUUUCAAGUACAGAAGGUACACUUUGGCAGUCAGUGUUAAAGCUUAAACUUCUGGGAAGUUGCAUUUGAUGUCGCUUCACGGUCAUUUCAAAGCAGAAACUGAAGAGACGGGGUGGGCCGGUGCAUUCGACAAGAGGGAAGGAACUGUGAAGGAAAACCAAGUAGAUGUGAACUAUUUCAUUCUGGUCUGUGUGUCUGACUGACUGACAUCCACUUUUUGAACGUUGGCUUCCUUUUAGGGACGCUGGUAUGAGAUUCCAUUUGCACAUUAAACCUUUUGCACUAUAUUUUAACAAUAAAUGGAGUGUGGGAGUUCUCAGGUUAAGAUCUUGUCUGUAAUUUCACCUUCGAGAACUGCUUCCAACUGUACACCGUGGGUAAGCAGUUUCAUGUGCUUUUAUGUUUGUUUUUUUUUUUUGUUUUUUUACUUUGCCAUUUAUUAUCUGGAUAUGUUAAAAAACAAACUGCUGAAAAAAAGAAUUCUAUAUAGUUCCUUCUGUGUAAGAAAAGCGACUGUGUAUACCAGUACUGCUUACAUCAGUAUUAACUUCAUUUUCUUCCAACUUGUUAACAUCACAGAAAAUGAAGCAGGCUACGUAAACUGGAAACUGUGAGCCUUUUGUAUACAAAUAUUCUGUCGUUGCUGUAGCUGGAAUUUCAAAACACUUUGUGACUUAUGGUGCCAAUGAAUUUUGUUUCUUUCUGUGUAAAUAAUGGUCUUUGCCGUUCAAAAUUUUGGGUUCUGUGUUUUUUUUUUUUCUUUUUUACAUGUAGCCUUUUUUUUAUUUCAAGGGGGUGUUGAAUUCUGUAUUUUGCUUUCAGAUGCUCUUCAAGACAGUGAUUAACAAUGAAAGGCGCUUUAUGAAAUAAAGACUGAUUGGGUUUCA